AUCUCUUAAGUGGUUAUGUGACACUUUCAUAUUAUUCCACAGAUGCAAAAUGGAAAUGUCAUGUUAUAACUGCUUUUUCAACCAAACUCAGAACUAAAGAGUCUCAGUUUCUUCAGACCCGUGGCCCAAAGCAUUAGCUAUGGCACGUGUCACAGUUGUUCCUGUCAUGCUGAUAUUAAGCUUUCACCAGUGUAAGACAGAGUUUUCCACUAGUCUGGCAAGUGGACAACGCAAAGUAAUGGAUGCACUUGGGCUACAUAAUGUUCUGUGGAUUACCAAGCAUGAUUCAAGAGUCAUUUUGUCCUGGAACAAUAACCUGACAAAAGAAGAAACUGAGAAAUACACUGUGAAGUAUAUUUUGAGUUAUAGGUUCUUCAAUUCUUCUCAGGAAAGGAAAGAAAGACUGCAGGAAAAGAAAAAGAUAAUACGUCUUGAGUUACAUUCUGGCUUUAAGGCUAAAGUUAAGACACAGCUUUUUGCAAAAGAAACAGAAGACAUAAUUAAGGAGAGUGACUGGUCAGAAUUUACUUACAAAGCACCUCCAGUCUAUAUUCAAAAUCUUUCAUGCAUCAUAUACAACAUUUCCUUUUUCAAUUGCACUUGGAACAUCAAAGCAGAAGCUCCUGAAGAUAUCCAGAUCUUUUCUUCAUACAGGCAUGUAGGAAAAUUGUUUGAAUGCCAGCAAUAUAUUAAAAAUGCAAGAAAGAAAAAUAUUGGAUGCCAUAUGAAGGAAAUAUAUUUUCAACCAUCAAGGAAAAUCGAUUUAAACAUAACAGCAAGAGAUUUCAGAAAUAAUUCGAGAAAACUGUCUUAUUACAAAACUUUUACACCUCAGACAAUAGAGAAGCUGAACCCACCAAACAACGUCUCAGUUUCCCUUGAAAACAGAAGUAUUAAAAUUCACUGGAAACCGCCACCCACUAUUGGUUCUGCAAAUAACAAGUGCUUUUUGUAUCAAGUGAAAAUAACAGAUCUUAAGAUUGUAAAUGUCACUGAAGAGAACUAUAAGUAUCCAUUUCAUAAGCCAGCAAACAAAUGUGCAGCACAAGUGAGGGCAAAGAAAGAGAUAUGCAUAAGAAACAAGAUCUGGAGUGAAUGGAGUGAACCAGUGGUUAUUCAUGGUGAAAAGACAGUGAAUGUCCUGCUGCUAAGCACCACAUUGUUUUGUCUUCUGAUUUUCCUUGGAGGUUUGCUGAUGUAUGCAUGUAGAAGGUAUAGUUGCCUGGAAGUUAUAACUAUGCCUGUUCCACAUCCUUCAGAUAAUAUCAAAACUUGGUUAACAGAUGAGACUCAUCACCAGCAACAUAUGUCAAUGCAAGUGGAGAUGCACUCAGAGGUUACUGUGGGAAUACCAAAAGAGAAUAGAGAUGAGAACACUGAACAACAGAAAUGUUUGAAGGACUCUGGAUUAGAAGACCUAUAGAGAUGAUACACCUUUUUUAUCUGCAUGCAAGAAUACCUUUCUGUGAAGUGACUGAUAACCUAAUGGAUGUAAGAACAACUGACAUGGGAAUUUGUCUGAGCCAAUAAUUUGAAGUGUUUUGUGCUCAUGACAUUGUGCAACUCUUAAAAUGAGCUUUGAACCACAAACACAAAGCAGUAUCUUGCAGUUUAUCUCUAACAACAACUGAUUUUCAGCUCAGUAAAAUUACAGUAUAUCAGACAAUAUGAUCUAAUUUUGAGGUCCACUUGAGUUAAAAUGAAAUUAGAGUUACUGUUUCAUAAUGUUGCAGUAGCUUCCAAGUACUGUCUAAAAUAUCAAUACUUUUGAAGACUGGCUGUUCAUACAAAUCUUUUCCUAGCUAUGCAAGUUCUGAUUGAAGUGGUCAUGAGAAAUGGUGGAGGCAGUAAAUGUUUCUGGAAACAGCAGCAGAGUCUCACAAGUGUUCUCUAGAGUUCAAAAAAUAAUUCACUUUCUGGGCCCCUGCAUUGUUUAAGCAGAUAUCAACCAGAAUGAAGAGAUCUGUGUGAAGACAUAGUCUUUUAAUGUUGUGGAAUUAUUGCUUUGCAGUUAGUAAAAGAAGAAAACUUUAUAGGCGGUAAAGAAAACGAAGUUUUCUGAUGUAUUGUAAUUGUUCAAAUAAGUUUAACUCAGAGAAGUUAAAGUUCAGAACUGACUAACUAUUGCUAUUUAUUUUUCACUGUCCUCCUAAUGAAAUUUUUCCUACUGUUUCCAUGAGGCAAUGAGACGUGCCAGUUCAUUUGCAGGUACACAACCAGGGCAGAUUAUUUUAACUCUUAGUUGGAACAGUGUUUAUUUGACUAGAAGAGAAGGAAUUUAUUUUUCAAGGAAGACAUUUUCACUUUAUAGGUGGGAAAUACAAAUCAAUGGUGGACAUAAUUUUCUGGAAGGUUUGGAAGAUACCUAAAAAUUACUUGCUUUCAUUACUGGUAAUAUUUCUCCAUUUCAGAAUAAUAUUGGUUGAAGGAAAUAAUUGAUUACCUUGAAAUUAAUUUUAUAUUAUUGUA